AUGCAAUCCAACUUUUACGACAUGAACAACAUGGGAAGAGACGCUGGCGGUCUCUCCCAAAUGACAUACAGCAACAACAACAUCAACAAUAACGGUUUCACUUCUGGCGGUCUCGGUGCUCCUGGCUCUGGCUUUGGCAAUAACCGCUCUCGUCUUGGCAGCAAGAGGUUGAGCGUUGCCUUGCCGCCCAGGGUCAAUCCGAUUCAUGAGAAUCAGGUCGACAAUCCCACGCCUCGCACUAGUCGCUCGCACCUGCUUGCAGGUCUUCGCACCCAGCCCAAGGCUCCGGCCACUCCGGCAUCCGCUCCUUACCAGCAGACUGAGCACGCGCAGGGUCUAGGUGGCCCUCGCUGGGCUCAACAAGGCUAUGACCACGGCUACAACCAGGGCGUUCCACAGACUGCCACCGGUGCCAGCUUCGGUCUUGCCAAUCAGUACGCCAUGAGUGCUGGCCAGCAGAUGUAUGCUCUGCCAGAGCAAGUCCUCGCUCCUCCGAGCAUGUACGAUCAGAUGGAUGAUGUCGAUCCGGCCACGCUGCAGCAGAUGCAGAUGACCAGUCUGUACUUGGCGCAGCGUAAGGAGCAGCUCCAGCAGCAGCUUGCUAGUCUCACUGCUGCUACUCAAGGCCUGCAGCUCAACACAAACAUGCAGUACAACGGCUAUUCCCAGUCACCAAUGACUCCUCACACACCUCAGAGCUAUCUUGGCCAGCAGCAGAUCAUGGCUCCGGUCGAGGUCCAGCCAGGCGUCUUCUUGGUCUACAAUCCCGCCAUCCAGGGCUACAGCUACGUUAUGGAUAAUAGCAUGCAGCAGCAAUACCAGACGUCUAUGUCCCCUGCUCAGCAGCAACAGGCGUCUGCCUUCUCGCCGCCGACCCCGAGCGUACAGAUCUCACCGCCUGCGACCGAAAGGUCCACGCCGUCAAACGUGCGCUCCUUCUCUCCACCCAAGAAGGCUCCCACGCCACCCUCCACGCUCGAACACGUUGAGCCAUUGCCUCCACCAUCUGCCAACGCUUUCCGUCGCGGUCACAAGAAGGCAUCUUCGCUUGCUAUCGACCCGUCGGCCAACGCUGCUCAAGGUCCCAAGACUGCUUCGGCAGCCACCUUUGGCACGCAGCGCGCGGCCUUCCCACCCACUCCGGCCACUGGUACUUUCGGGCCAGGCGCCGCUCGUGCUGGUGAGCAUCCCGCUCGUCAGCCUCGUGGCCCACCGCCGCUCGAGGAGCUCACAGCCGCCCCAACCAGCAAGCACGAAGGCAGCAAGAACUUCGCCACGCGUCAGCGUCGCCGUGCUCUGGAUAACCUCAUGAAAGCAGGUAUCGGCCGCCGUGCCGUCUCCCGCUCUUCCGGUGGCAGUCCCGUCAGCGAACGCGACUUCAACUUCUCUGCCUCUGAAGACUUCGAUCUCGCCUCUCUCGGUAGUGCCGGCAGCCGCAAGAUGAGUCCCAUCGGCUCCGAGAUGAAGGAGAAGCGCAGCUCGCAGGGCUCCAACGAUGGAUACUUCGGUCUCAGCUCUGCUAGUAGCAGCGAGGGCGAGGAUAUCGCGUAUAAGCAGCCGCCUACCCCUGCUACGCCGAAUGGUGGUGUGCAAGGUGGUGGGGAGAGGAAGAGGUUGACGCUUGGGGUGCAGCUUGCUGCUGCUGCGGAGAAGAGAAAGAGCUUUGUCUUCUAG